CAAUUUCACAAGGGCCAGAACGAAAAAGAUAACAAAAAAAAAGUUCGUGUUAAUCAUCAAAAAAAAUUUAAGCCGCUCCCAAUUCUAUAAAUUUCAGCACCAAACGUUGCUUAAUUCAUUCAUCAUCCAGUCCUAAGUGUCGUAAUCCCAAAAGUACCUCAAAAUGUCUUUCGAUGAUGACUGGGAAACGGACCCAAACUUCGAGAACAAAGCAACUGAAGAAGAGCAACGAUGGGGCACGAGUGCUGAUCGUGGUGCUGCAAUCAAUAUGCAGCAGUUGAUUGAAGAGACUGAGAAGGCGGACGAUGAUAAGAAGAAGAAGCUUGUUGAGGAUACGGGAUUGACUGGAAGGCAUGGCUACGGUGGCAAAUUCGGUGUCGAAAAGGACAGAAUGGACAAAUCAGCUCUCGGUCAUGACUACGUCGGUAAAGUCGAGAAGCAUGCUUCACAAAAAGACUAUGUGACAGGAUUUGGAGGUAAAUUUGGUGUUGAUAAAGACAGGAUGGACAAGUCAGCUGUUGGAUUUGACUAUGUCGGUAAAGUUGAGAAGCACGACAGUCAAGCUGAUUACAAGAAAGGAUUUGGAGGUAAAUUUGGUGUCGAAUCCGAUCGAAUGGACAAAUCAGCUCACACAUUCCAAGAGCAAGUUGAUAAAGUUGGAACUAAUUAUCAGCGAACGAAGCCUGAUAUUAUGGGAGCAAAGCCAUCAAACUUAAAGUCGAGAUUUGAGAAUAUUUCGUCAUUUAAUGAUGAGGAGACGAAGCAACGGGCAGCAAUGCAGAAGAAGUUACGGGAGGAGAAGGAUAUGAAGGAUAAGGAGCAGGCAUCGAAGGAGAAGGACUUUGUCACCAAUGAGGAGCCAUCAAGACACAAGCCACAACGAAAAGCAAUUGUGACUGGACGUAAUGAGAGAAUUAGUGAUGUUAUUAAUGUAUUUAAUGCACCAGCACCAACUGAUGAAUAUAAACCGGCACUUAAGCAGCCAAUCAAACUCCCCAAAGAGGACAAACAACCAGUCGAGAUCGUCAAGCCAGACAUCAUUUCCAGUACUGAGAAGCAUGUAGACAUGCCAGAACACACACCAGUAUCUAAAAUAGCUCAACAAUUCACCAAAAGUGUUCAAAUUCAGGAGAAAGUUGAAGAGACUCCAAAGGUUCAUGAGAUUAAGGCACAGAAACAAGAGGAAGUGAUUCAGGUGCAUCAAGAGAUUCAGGAACAACAUCAUGAGAUUCAGGAACAACAGCAAGUACAUGAGGAACCCCAGCAAGUGCAUGAAGAACCUCAACGAUUGAACAAAGAACAGCCACAAGUUUAUGAACAGCACCAAGCUUAUGAAGAGCAGCAACAGGUAGUCCAAGAGCACCAACAAAUCCAUGAAGAAGCACCUGACCAACACCACUUUUAUGAAGAUGUCCCUCAGCAACACCAAAUCUACGAAAACAUCCAACAGCACCAAGAAAGUCCUACGAAUGACUACCAACACCAAGUGCAACUUCCACAACAGCAACAAGAAGUGAUAAGUGAACAAGAAUUGAUCGAGCAGCUUAAAAAUGACAAUGGACAGGUUGAGGAAGUCGAGGAACAAUUUGUACUGUCACCAGAAAAUCCUGGCGUUACAGCUAUCGCACUUUAUGACUAUCAAGCAGCUGCUGAUGAUGAAAUUUCAUUCGAUCCGGAUGACUUAAUUACACAUAUCGAUAUGAUUGAUGCUGGAUGGUGGAAGGGAUUGCAUGCAAAGACUUACACUUAUGGACUGUUUCCAGCUAAUUAUGUUCAGCUAAGGGAGUAGCUAGAUUGAAAAUUUUAUGU